CCAGUUGUCAACACUGUUCAGCAUGUGUAUCUAGUUUAUCGAUUGUCAAAGGCCCAUCACCACACCGCCAUUUUCAGUUUUUCGUUCGGGUGUUUUCCUUGUGCUGUGAUCGUAAAGGCGAAAAAUUCAACAAAAAAAAUGGAGAUGUCAUUAAAUCCCGUUCGCAUCCUUAAAAACGAUGCACAAGAGGAAAAAGCCGAAAUGGCGCGUUUAUCCUCCUUCAUUGGAGCGAUAGCCAUUGGCGAUUUGGUUAAGAGUACCCUUGGACCUAAAGGUAUGGACAAAAUCCUAGUCUCACAUGGUCGCAAUGCUGGACAAGUGGAGGUUACCAAUGAUGGUGCCACCAUCUUGAGAGCUGUCGGUGUUGACAAUGCCGCUGCUAAAAUUUUAGUAGAUAUGUCCAGGGUACAAGACCAAGAAGUCGGUGAUGGUACCACAUCGGUAACUGUCCUCGCCGCCGAACUUAUUCGUGAGGCUGAAAAAUUGGUUGAACAAAAGCUCCACCCGCAAAUCAUUAUUGCUGGAUGGCGUAUUGCUACAAAAGUUGCCCGCGAAGCUUUGACCAAUGUUUCAUUGGACAAUUCAUCGGACAAUGAAAAGUUCAAGGAAGAUCUUAUGAACAUUGCUCGUACAACUUUGAGUUCAAAGAUUUUGCACCAGCAUAAAGAAUUCUUUGCCAAGUUGGCUGUUGAUGCUGUUCUGAGGCUUAAGGGCUCCGGAGAGUUGCAUGCUAUUCAGAUUAUAAAGAAGACUGGUGGAACUUUGGAAGAUUCAUUCUUGGAUGAAGGUUUCUUGUUGGACAAGAAAGUUGGUGUACAUCAACCACAAAAGGUAGAAAAAGCUAAAAUCCUUAUUGCCAACACUCCAAUGGACACUGACAAAAUCAAGGUAUUUGGAAGUUCAAUCAAGGUCGAUUCGUUGGCCAAGAUCGCCGACUUGGAAUUGGCCGAAAAGGAAAAGAUGCGCGACAAGGUUAACAAGAUCCUUACUCACAACUGCAAUGUCUUCAUCAACCGGCAAUUGAUCUACAAUUACCCAGAGCAGCUAUUUGCUGAUGCUGGAGUCAUGGCAAUUGAACAUGCUGAUUUUGAUGGUAUUGAGCGACUUGCCCUCGUAACUGGAGGAGAAAUCGUGUCGACUUUCGAUCAGCCUUCGUUGGUUAAAUUGGGUGAAUGUGAUUUGAUUGAACAGGUUAUGAUUGGAGAAGACACUCUUUUGAGAUUCAGUGGAGUUAAACUUGGAGAGGCCUGUACUAUUGUGAUUCGUGGUGCUACUCAGCAAAUUAUUGAUGAAGCUGAUCGUUCCUUGCAUGAUGCACUUUGUGUGUUGGCUGCCACAGUCAAGGAGUCAAGAAUCGUCCAUGGAGGUGGUAGUUCCGAAGCACUUAUGGCAAAUGCAGUAUUAAAGAAAGCCGCUGAAACCGCUGGCAAGGAAGCCAUCGCAAUGGAAGCUUUUGCAAGAGCCCUUCUUUCUCUGCCCACUGCUAUCGCUGACAAUGCUGGUUAUGAUUCCGCUCAAUUGUUGUCUGAAUUGCGUGCAGCGCAUGCACAAGGCAACCACACAGCCGGUCUGGACAUGGAAAAUGGAAAGAUUGGUGACAUGAAGGAAUUAGGCAUCACAGAAUCAUUCGCCGUUAAACGUCAAGUACUUCUCUCCGCAGCUGAAGCCGCUGAAAUGAUCCUUAGAGUCGAUAACAUAAUCAGAUGUGCACCACGUAGACGUGUUCCCGAUCGUGGAUAUUGUUGAAAAUCUUGAAAAUACACUCCUCAAGCCUUAACGUCGUAUGAUAAAAAAAAUUAAGUUUUUUUUUUUUUAAUUUUAAUAAAUUUAUACUAACGCGCCUCGUUAACACACACA